AUGCCCUUCACGACGGCAUCCUCCAUGCUCCGCCACCGAAUCUCCUCCGCCCUCAGAACCCGCGGCGGAGCAUCAUCUGGGAGAUGGACAUCUCCGGGACACGAGGAACAACCGAAAGGUUACCUAUUCAAUCGGACCCCACUACCACCUGGACAGCCUCGUAAAUGGGAAGACUGGGAGUUGCCUUGCUACAUCACUAGCUUCUUAACGAUUGUGAUCCUUGGUGUUGGUCUCAAUGCUAAGCCUGAUCUCACUAUUGAAACUUGGGCUCAUCAGAAAGCACUUGAACGACUCGAGACGGAGAAGUUGGGCCUCUCCGGUUCUGCUGAUUCUGAGUGA